AUGCCCCGGUUCGAAGGUGUUCAUCAGCCUUUCAAACCCAAGAAGCCGUACUGGCUCAAAAAGCCAAAGACCGAAGCUCAACGCAAACAUUUUGCACGGAUGGCUGCGGCCGUACAGGCUCAUAUGCCAGCGGUGCGCGCAACGGUGCCAAACUCACAUCAUUUGGGCCAACCUUUGGAUUCCGACGAAUACGAUGUCAACGCCGACUUUUUAAAUCACUUGGAUAAUCAGUAUCUCGACCUCGGACUCGGACCUCAAGUGCCUGGUUUUAUUGAUGACAUCGAACGUGCGCGUGUCGAAGAUGAACGACAGGAACGAGCGCUUGCAUUGCAACGUGCCACUCAAGAGAUGUUCUACGCAUAUAUUGAAUGUCAUCUCCAUACGACCGAAUGGGGGGAUCCGAACCAGUGGGACCUGGAUCGGAAACCGCAGUGUACUUGUCAAGGUCAUCAACUUCGAGUUAGACACCUUGAUCUUGUCGACAUCCUAUGUACAUUCAGCUGUGUCAUCUCUCAUUUGACUUUUGCUAUUGCUACGUCCUCAAAUAGAAAUCAUGAUGCUGAUGUAGUUGUUAUUCACUUUUUAGAUCGAAAGAAGUUGGAGGUAAAGUUUUGCGGAUGUCAUCAGAACGAUAACACCAGGCUCAUCUACAUGGGAUACAUCGGAGGCUCACCAAAAUACCCCGAGACUGCGUUUUCGAUACGCCUACUCAGAUUCUUCCACACGACUUGGAAGUACUGUACUAGUCGUGUGGAACCUUGGACCAGAGGACUUGACGAAUAUCUGGAUGCCUUCAAUCCACUGUUACUGACCAAGAACGAACAGGAUAAGCUUGCGGAGAACUGCCCGCGAUGUUUUGGCACCCCAGUGCCAAGUACUGUUGAAGGUGAGCCUGACAUCGUUGUCUGCUUGGACGGCAAUUUUCAGCACCGAAGACAUAUAGCAGCUGGAACCAAGGCCGCAAAGAUUCCAACAGUCAUGCCCGACAAUUUCUUACCUGAGGCUCAAGUAACUCAAAUGGAACAUCGCCUUGCUGGAAUGCCGGAAGAAGAAGCAUCAGCAUGUGCUGAACAACAUACAGCAGCUAACGAUCGUCGAGCAAAGGGGCAUUGGGCUGGAUGUGACGAAACAGGGUUGAUGGCAAUGGUCUGCCGACAUGAUCACCCUAUUCGUUUUGCCAACAUCGUUCAGAGUGGCGAAAAGCAAGUGCCUGACUCUGAGUCAUAA